AUGUCUGGUGCAUUGGAAGAUGUUGCAGUGCCAAUUCUGGAUCCCUGCGAGGUCCUGGCAUACUUGGUUGAUGAUGUGGGCUUGACCUGCCCACGUGAUGUGACUGCAGAGUACUGGAGCAGGCAAAGGCAACACUAUGAGCAGCAUCCAGCAACAGAUGCACAUGUCCCAGUUUCUCUCUAUGGUGACGACGUGCAAGUGAACAGACAAGGUGAUAGCAUCACUGCCGUGUACUUGUCCCUCACACUCUUCAAGCCGAAGAAAGUGCGUGUGUGUCACUACAUGAUCUUCAGCCUCAGGACGCACCUCAUUGCUGGAUGCUUCACGCUCUGGCCACUGCUGGCCUAUGUCGUUGGACGACUCAAUGCAGCAUGGCAUGGUGUUGGAGUGUCUCGGACUAUGUUCGCUCUGGCUGAGAUCAAGGGGGACUGGCCCUUUCUGCGCAAGAUCCUGAGGUUUGAGCCAAGCUUCACUGGGAAUCGCGUGUGCCACCAUUGCAAGGCAACAGUGUUUCAGCACGAUCAUCCCUUUUGGGACUUCGACUCGACUGGGGCGGAGGUCACAACUCUGGAUUUCCUGGCGACAAUGCUGGAUGAGAGUUGCUCCCCUUCGCCGUUGGUCUUGGUGAAGGGGUUCUCUUGCAGGAUGGUGCAGAUAUGCACCAUGCACUGCGUGAACCUUGGGCUUUGCUUCACGGUCAACGGGGCACUGCUCAUGACACUGGUGCGAGGAGGCUUCUUCGGUGAGCCAGCUGCACUGGAACAAUGCCUCCUCAGUGCCUUCAGUGACUUCACUGCAUGGAGGAGGGCCUUGCAGGUGAGGACCUCCCAGCGCCGCUUCAGAGCAGGGCAGGUUGACAAGCUUUGUCACGGCUCCUACUUUGUGGCGAAAGCCUGGAACAGCAGGGUGCUGUUGGAGUGGCUGCACGAUUCUGCCCUAAAGGCAGCCAUGAGGGACCUGCCAGGUCCAGGUGAUGAUACUUGGUAA